AUGGCGAGUUUCGUUUGGUCUCUUCCUUCCACACUAUCCACCUUAACGCCUUCACCUGCUCCUCAAUCAGUACGCGCCCCUUCUGUUCCUGCCACCCCCUCUGCUAGGGGUAAUGGAGAAAUCGCCGACGACCGAAUCAGUAACUGGUCGUUGUCACCGGCACCAAAUCGCCGACUUCAACGUCGAAUUCAGCCUUCACCUGCGCCCUCUGUCGCAUCGGCGCACUCAGAGGCUUCUAAUGCACGUCGUGCUCGACGUGGAGAGAGGCGUGAAGGAGGUAACCCCAACUUCCGUUGGUCAGCAAGAAACAUGCUGCUGACAUAUUCCCAAAUCGGAGAUAGGCCCAACCAGGCCCUUUCUGAUGCGAUCGCCCGAUUAUCGCCGCAACCGGCGGAAUGGGCUGCUGUUAGAGAGCACCACCAGGACGGGGGAUCCCAUUGGCAUGUCAUCGUCAAAUUCGAUGUGCCAAUCAGAUCAAGAAACCCCGCCUUCUUCGAUGUGGAUGGCAUACAUCCAAACGUUAAAAUGCUGGCUUCUGCAAAGUCCGUACGCGACGCCUGGACCUACCUCCAGAAAGAAGAAGGGGCGGACCACUUCGGACCCUGGCAGGGUCCAGAGGCUGUCCUCGAUGCAGAGGGAGGAAUGGGAAAAGCUAAGAAGGACGAAAAGUGGGGUCAUAUCAUCGCCUCGUCGUCUAGGGACGAGUACGAGGAGCGGGUCCAAACAUUCGGGCCAUAUGAUUGGGUCGUUAACCACGACAAAAUCAUAAACUAUGCCGACAAGCACUGGCCCGUCGAGCCGGAGCAGUACGUAUCGGAAUUUACCGAAUUCCCACACCUGACGGAGGAAAUGAGGGAUUGGGUAACUAACGAGAUGCCUAAAAGGGAUAGGCCUAAAUCGUUAGUGGUUUGGGGCCCGACGAGGACGGGUAAAACGGAAUGGGCUAGAUCUUUAGGUCGUCAUACCUACAUGAACGGUUUGUUCAAUGCAGACGACAUUGACGAGGCAUCUGACUAUAUCGUUCUGGACGACAUCAGCCUAGAGCACUUCCCAAACUACAAGUCUUGGUUUGGGGCUCAAAAGCAAUUUGUCGUCACCGACAAGUACAAGUCGAAGCGAACCGUCAAAUGGGGUAAGCCAUGCAUUUGGCUAUCAAACGAAAACCCAUUAGACAUAAGGGCAAGGGGCAUCAACACCGAAUGGAUCGCAGGUAACACCAUCGUUGUCAACCUUGACCACCGCCUUUACGAUGUACCUGACGAACCAGCUCCGCAACCAGUUCGUGUAGAAUGGCAAGGAAAUGGCGUGGAACGCAUAGCCCAGCCUGUUCCACAAAGGCCUAUUCCAGAAAGAGAAGAUGUAGUGUACUUAGAGGACCUUUAUGGUUCAAACCCUGUAUGGAGAUAG